AUGGUGGCGCCUCCGAGAGCAACCGGCGCCAUCGCCAUUUCGCUCUCACUAACCAUUCUAUCUUACUUCCUCUACCAUAAAAGUCGAUCGAAGUCUACUUCUCGAAAAACCCACAAAACCCUUUCAGUGGAAAAAGCUAGGAAAGGGCUGGUGGCAGCGAUUGGAAACACCCCUUUGAUUAGGAUCAAUAGCCUUUCCGAUGUCACUGGCUGCGAGAUUCUUGGCAAAGCUGAGUUUUUGAAUCCUGGAGGGAGUGUGAAAGAUAGGGUGGCAGUAAAGAUUAUUGAGGAGGCACUGGAAUCAGGAGCACUUGCUCAAGGUGGUGUAAUUACUGAAGGAAGUGCUGGAAGCACUGCCAUUAGUCUUGCAACCGUAGCUCCUGCAUAUGGGUGCAAAUGCCAUGUAGUCAUCCCAGACGAUGUUGCCAUUGAGAAGUCUCAAAUCCUGGAAGCUCUUGGUGCUACAGUUGAAAGGGUGAGACCUGUUUCCAUUACUCAUAGAGACCACUAUGUCAACAUUGCAAGGAGGAGGGCUCUUGAAGCAAAUGAAUUAGCAUUAAAGCAUGGUGAGGGCAAGCAGAAUGAAUCCCCAGAUGUAACACUAGUAAAUGGAUACGACUGCAAUGGGGAAAAACAAAGUACAAAAUUUGCCAGCGACUGUAAAGGUGGAUUUUUUGCAGAUCAAUUUGAAAACCUUGCUAAUUUCAGAGCCCACUAUGAGGGUACCGGUCCUGAAAUAUGGGAACAGACUGGAGGCAAGUUGGAUGCUUUUAUUGCAGCAGCAGGCACUGGAGGAACAGUGGCUGGUGUUUCACGCUUUCUCAAGGAAAAGAACACCAAGGUCAGGUGUUUCCUCAUAGACCCACCCGGUUCGGGUUUAUACAACAAGGUAACAAGAGGAGUAAUGUACACGAGGGAAGAGGCUGAAGGACGGAGGUUAAAAAAUCCAUUUGAUACUAUUACAGAAGGGAUUGGAAUUAACAGACUGACCGAAAAUUUCAAGCUGGCAGAACUUGAUGGGGCUAUACGAGGCACUGACUUGGAGUCUGUUGAAAUGUCUAGGUAUCUACUGAAGAAUGAUGGCCUUUUUGUUGGGAGUUCUUCCGCUAUGAAUUGUGUUGGAGCUGUAAGAGUAGCUCGAGCUAUGGGUCCUGGUCACACCAUUGUAACAAUUCUUUGUGAUAGUGGAAUGAGGCAUCUAAGCAAGUUCUAUGAUGCCCAAUAUCUUUCAGAACAUGGCCUGGCGCCUUCGGCUUUAAGAUUGGAAUUUUUAGGUGACGCAUAA